GACGUGAGGGAUGCUUCCGGUGCCGCUAUCGGUUCCAUCCAGAUGCAGUUCACGCUGGCGUACCCGACGUUCUCGGUGCUGGACAGCCAAAAAAACGUUGUCCUGCUGAUCGAAGGUCCCUGCUGCCCAAUGUCCAUCUUUGGUGGGGAUGUGAAGUUUGAUAUCCUAACCAGCGAUGGGGUCACCGAGAUUGGCGCAAUAACCAAGGUCUCGAAUGGAUUGUUCCGGGAAGCCUGCACUGGAGCAGACAACUUCACCGUCACCUUCCCCUUGGAUUUGGACGCGAAGAUAAAGGCCGUGCUGAUCGGUGCGGUCUUUCUUCUUGACAACAUAUUCUUCGACAGUUGGGCCUGCGCAAGCUGCUGAGAUUGACAAGGCAACAUACUAAAUUAGUCAUUCGAUUAGUUAUGCCCCGCUAAACACAGCCACACUUUCCAGAAAUGCUGCAACUUUGCCAGACUACCAGGCUUUUGGACAGCCGACUGCAUGUUGUGAACGCAGACCUCAACGUAUUGUGGUGUGCUACCGUAUUGACAGCAAGCUGACUCUUUCUGAUUUGUUGUCGUGCGUUUCUUGCGCAAUAAAUUUUUG